UUUCUUAAACAAAAACAUCAGCCCAAACAUCUUCCGAAAAAAUCUAUACUUUUCACAGCAGGUAAAACUAGAAAAACAUUUGCAGAGAUCGUGAAUCCUGGCAAUGUAUGGUGGCUUGGGUUAGAAUUUGAUUCGCCGAGCAGAAUUGGAGAGCUGCGACCGCCAUUGAUGCCACUUCUGUAGUGGGAAAGAGAGAGUGAGUUCUCGUAGAAAUUGUCAAUUUCUCGUCUGUUAAUUGAUGGGCAGCUACAGAUUUCGCUAAAUAUCGCAUAAAUCGUAUUGUGUCUUGUUAAAAGAACCUUCGUUUUUCUGCUCAUUUGCCAAAAGCCUCCGUUAUCACAAAAGAGUCAGCAUUAGGAAAUCAAAAUUUAAUGCAAUUGUUUGAGUUUUGCAUCUGUUUGCUUUAGAGGUGAAGGGAAACAAUCAAUGGCUGAUUAGGGUUUGAUAGUGGCUGGUUUCCGUAUGGCAACAGUUCCUCCGGUGUCCAAUCAGUGGAUUCCUGAAGACGACUUCUUGUUGAAGAAUGCUGUUGAGAGCGGGCCUAUCCUAGGACCUGCAAUGACUCUCUCUACCCGGCCUGCUCUGGGCUUGGGCUUAUCUCUCUACCCGAUCUGCUCUGAGUUUUGGCUUAUCUCUCUACCCGGCCUACUCUGUAGGCUUGGGCUUACGAAGGACUCACAAGCAGGUGCACCAUUGGAAGCACUUGCUAAGGGAGCAAUACAAUUUUCCCGAAGAUAUACUUUACGAGAACUCCGGGAGAGGUGGCACUCCCUUCUCUAUGAUCCCGAGAUUGCAGCCCAAGCCUCCGCCCAUAUAUUUGAACUCGAGGUCUCUGGCUUAAUCCCCGGGACAAAGUCAAACAAACCGGAGAAAGAAAUUUCAAAGAAAAGGAAACACGAGAGCAUCCGUAGAAAAUACUAUGCCAUGAGGAAAAAAUUCUGCAGCGAGUUUUUGAACCACAGUGUUCUCGGUUACUUUGAAUACAAUCCUCACGAGUUUGGCGAGCAUGUUCCUGAUUUCCAGGACCAAUCGACACGUGAUGUUAAUGACCAAUUACAACUUCAGGAAGAGGAUUUAGAUAUUCUGCUCCAUGCCUUUCCAGGUACGAUACAGGAUGCAAAUGGUGCGAACAAUGAAAUCAUGGGUGGCUAUGGAUUUGAUGAAAGAAUUGUUUCCUUUGGUGAAAUCGCUGAAAACAGAAAAGGUUUGGUCGCUAUCGGAGAAGACCAAAUAGAUGAAAAUGAUGCCCAGGGUAAAGAAAAUAGCUCAUUGGCAUACAUUGGUGAGUUUGCUGACCCAGACUCACUUCUGAACCUCUCGAACGAGGACGAAAUACUCUUAGUGGAUGUGGAUGAAAAACACGUAGAGAAAAAAUCUUCUGUGGAUAAUUCGGAUUCAGUUAUCCAAGAACUGAAUAAAGGCAAUCAGGAAAAUGAUACAGCAAAAGUUCAACCCGAAACCGUGCAAUUGCUGGGAGCUACUGUAGAUUUCUCGGCUUUGAAUAUUGACGUGCCUUUGAAGCCAACACUAAAGUGUGAUUUGAUCGAACUUUGUCAUGGUGAGAUCUGCUGCACGUUGAACACAGAGGAUCCCGAGAUUCCAUGCAACGAUGAUAUAUUCUUGCUUAUUCAUCCUCCCAUGUCCACUGGCUCUCCUCCACCACAACUCAAAACCGCAGUUUCUGUGAAUGAAUGUGCUCCUGUUUAUGAGAAGGAUAAUGGGCAAGACGUAAACUCGCCGAAGAAAGGCAAAGAUUAUAUGAGUGCUGGUUUGCAUUCUCAGGCGGGAGGGAUGCAUGGCUUGUCAGAUUCGCGUUCAGUUCAGACUGUUGGUUGUGCAGCAAAAGAUGAUGUUCCUGGAUUUGUCCACAAGACCGUUGGAAAUUUUGGUAAAGGCAAAACGCUGUACACAAUUCCAAAACCAUGCAGUAGUAGCAUGUCCAAGAAAGAAGUUGCUGGAGCUAGCUAUGUUUUGAAUCACUGUAAGCAGGUUGGAGACAGCUCAGCAACAAUGAUACUAUCCAUUGAAGCAGGUUCUGUGAGUACCUCACUUCCAGAAUCAUUGGUCAACAACUCAGUAUCAGAUCAGGAAGAAUCACAGAUUGAUGAUGACGUGCCUUACUUUUCUGAUGUGGAAGCUAUGAUUCUUGAAAUGGACUUAUAUCCAGAUGAUCAAGAUGCCCGGCAAGUUCCUAGUUAUCAGUACGUUGAUACUAAAAGGACAAUAAUAAGGCUGGAACAAGGUGUUAGUUCUUGCCUGCAAAGGGCAAUGACAUCACAAGGAGCGCUUGCUAUCUUAUAUGGCCGUUAUUUGAGGCAUUACAUCAAGAAACCUGAGGUUUUACUUGGCAGAUCUACAGAUGAUUUUGAUGUUGAUAUUGAUCUAAGGAAAGAAGGACGAGCUAAUAAAAUAUCAAGGCGGCAGGCGAUCAUCAAAAUGGAGACAGAUGGGUCAUUCCUUUUAAAGAAUCUUGGUAAGGGUUCGGUGUCAGUUGAUGGCUUGUCAGUAGCUACUGGAAAAUUGCUGAACCUCAGUCCCAGUUGUUUGAUCGAGAUAAAGGGAAUGAGUUUUGUAUUUGAGAUCAACCAAGGAUACGUGAGGAAGCACUUGGGCAUAAUCAUCCAGUUGUUUUUCACUGAUUCUCGGCCAAAUGAUGCAGUUUUCGGAACUCUUAUGGAGCUAUAUAUUCUGCAAUGA